CCUGCCGCGCGCCGUUUUGCUUUGUUUUCGUUGCUUCUUCUCCGUGUCCGCAGCCUCGCCGUCCCUUUGCUCCUCGCCGUCCCUGCUGCGUGUGCGCCAUUUCGUAUCCGCAUCCCCGUUGGUGGUCAGACCAUCGCCCCCGCGCGUCACAUUACCGCAUCAUCGACCUGCCCGCGUGCUGUCUCGCGACCGCCCUGCACCGCGCCUUCGCGCUCGCCAGCGUCCCAGAAGGCGUCUGCCGGAUGCGCGUACGGCUGUAGAGCUCCAGCAUAUCUUGCUGUUCUCACCCACCCCACACGGUCCCGUCGAUCGCCGCCGCCGCCCACCAUGCGCCCGCUCCGGCUGUUGCUCUCGCUAGCGACCAGCUUGAUCACCAUCACACUACUACUAUACGUCGUGUUUGGCUCGCAGGUUGACGAGUCGCGGAGCAGCACCGCGCCUGCUAAAGACAAGGGCACAUUCAAGAGCUUCUUCUCCUUCACGUCGCCUGGCUCGCUCUUUCCUCCAUCCGCCAUCAUUAGCCUCACCGAUGACAACUCUACCUUCUUCCUUGCUCGUCCUGCUGCCUUUGGGCCCUCGCUACCUUCGGAGAGCGUGAGCGGCCAGCUAUGGAUCGGAAGUGGCUUCGGAGAAGAUUCCAUGGGGAAAGGUGGCGAGCUGGGCUGCAGCGAUAUCCCGGGCUGGGACGGGUCCGAAGAUUCGCCUGACGCUGCCUCUGGUGCAGGGCACAAGGAAACGAACGACGCGGGGAAAAGCAGGAAUCCAUUAACGAAGCAGCCUCAUGGAGCCGUUGAUGUUGCCGAAAGAUCUCUUGCCGACAGUGACGGCACAGAUGACCAUCUUCAGCCAAGGCUACCACUUCUACCCAAGUACCGUGUUGGAAAGACACCAGAACAUGCGGACAUCGAGUCGCUUCAACAGACCGCAGAGAUUUCAGGCAAGGUCGUCCUGCUCAAACGCGGUGGAUGUGGCUUCCUAGAAAAAGUCUUAUGGGCCCAGAAACGCGGUGGCGUGGCGCUGAUAGUCGGAGACGACCAGCGUGGAGGAGCUCUCGUUCGAAUGUACGCCCGUGGCGAUACAUCCAAUGUCACCAUACCAGCUCUCUUCACGUCGCAUACGACCGCCCACUUGCUUUCGUCGCUAUUACCCGCCGGAGAGUUUCUCAAUGGUUUGUUAUCAGAUGACACCACGAAGCCGCAAUUGCUCAGGAGCGCACGGGCAGGCACAAACCGUGGGAGAAAAGAAGAUGUGCUGCCUUUGAAGCCCAAACAGACUCAACGGGCCAGCUCAUCCGAAGCGGGCUGGUUCAGCACCAUCUUGGACGGCCUUGGCAUUAAGUUCUCCAACGGUGUUUCUUCGAAUGAUGCCACUCGUAGGCCUCCCAAUAGCGGAAAGUUGAAUUGGUCGAACGGCGAAGAUGCAAGUCAGCCGAUACCAAUGACCAGGACAGCCCAGGUCGUGGCUACGCAAACGUCACAAGAUUUCAUCAUCGGUGAGCAAGACUGGCGUGAUCCCGCCCUUCUUGCUAGUAUCCCACCACCCAAGACUACCCCAGAAGGGACUCAGCCCACGGAGUUGAGUCAAGUCAAGUUUGAAGAGAAGGAGCCUUUGUUGCACGGCGAUUUGAAGGAAAGCAGCACGUCUUCCGUGAACAAACAACCCGAAGACAGUAAACCAGCCGGCCCGCACGAAGGUCUCUGGGUGACACUCACCCCUACGAAUAUGUCCACAUCUCCUUUCUUCGACACGCUACUCGUUCUAGUCGUCAGUCCCCUUGUCACAUUGACUGUUGUAUACGCAUUACUUCUCCUUCGGUCCCGUAUCCGGCGUCGGCGCUGGCGAGCUCCCAAGUCACUCGUCGACCGCCUUCCCAUCCGCACCUAUCAUACAAUCAGUGACAGCAGCCCUUCAGCCACCCCAAGCGCUUCUUCGCCCAGUACUCCACUUCUUCAACAUGCGCCGCCGUCCACAUCGCCGCAGUCGCGACCUCAGUCUUCAGCCGAGCGUGAAGCACCAGCGCCAUCAUCCUCGGCUCUCCCAGUCCAUCGAACACCGGAAGAAGAGGUACACGAGUCGGGAUUGGCCGCUUGGAGGCGCAAGUACGGUGGUCGGCAAAGAGAGUGCGUUGUCUGUUUGGAAGAGUACGUUGACGGCAUCAGUCAAGUGAUGAGCCUGCCGUGUGGCCAUGAAUUCCACGCGGACUGCAUCACGCCCUGGCUAGUCACUCGACGCCGGACCUGCCCCAUCUGCAAAGGAGAUGUUGUACGCUCUCUGUCGCAGUCCUACCAUGACCAUGCUGUGUCGCGACUAGAAUCCCGUGAUUCACUCAGUGACGAACUUGCGGAUGACGUGCAGGCGCAAGCUUUUUUGAGCCGCAACGAUUCACCAUCGGCCUCACGACCGCUGCCCAUCUCACCCAGCUCUAAUGAUGCCGACAUCGAGGCCAAUUGGGACGAAGACGGGGACGAGAGAAGUCGAAGGGCACCUCGAGAGCGUUCUGGAGAGCUUAGUAAUUCCUUCAGGGAGGCCGGCUCAUCUGCUGUUACCGCGAUCUGGAGGGGAUUCGAGGCCGUGGGAAGGGCCACUGGCCUGCAGCGGCGAUCUAGCAGAGAAGAGCUUGACCGGGACAGGUAGAGCUCACAUUGCUAAUGGCCGAGGUCUGUUUUGUAUGCAUUGCGUUGGAGUAUUAGAAGGUUUGUUUUAGGGACUGUCCGCGGUCAUGGACAGGAUCAAUACCCCGGAUCACAACGAAUCCACUCAAUUUAUAUUGUUGCGCAGA